AAUUGUACGCGGAUGUGUUUUGUUCUUUUUAUUCGAUAUAAAUAAAUAACAAUCUAUAUAGCACAAAAAAAGCUUUCUUUUCUCAAGAUCAAUGAGGAAAAAUAAAUUCUCUUUUCCUUGGAAAGCAUUGGAAAGACUGGAAAGAGAAUUUAGCGCCAUUGGUAUGUGAGUGGAAUAAAAUUGAACUAAAAGUAACCGUUGGAUAUUCAACUGUCACUUCAAUUUUUGCGCACAUCUGUUUUUCCCUCGGCUUUAGUGAAAUUUCCAAUUUUCUCUUGAUUUUCCCUAAAAUAAUACUCCAAGUUUGUGAUUCUGUGUAAAGGAAAACCCCUAAAAUGGCUGAAGCGCUCAAAGAUCAAGAUCCGGAAAUAAUCAAACACUUUAAGGGGCACAAAGGCCCAAUCACGGGAGUUGCUUUUAGCUCCAAGGAGCCCCAGCUGGUGACAGUAUCUGAGGAUUCCGAUGUAAUUGUAUGGAACUACCGGCAGCAGGAGAAAGUAUUCAAGUUCUCCGGGCAUACAGCGGAAGUUCAUGAUGUUGCAUGGGAUCCAUCCGGGAGUGUUUUUGCCACAGUCAGUUCUGACCAAAUGAUCCGCUUGUGGACACCGAAGAUCUGUGGCAAGACUCGAUCACUGCACGGGCAUACUGCUCACGUGCGCACGGUGGACUUCCACAGGUCGGGAAGAACCUUCGUGUCUGGUGCAGAUGAUAAAUGCCUUAAACUCUGGAGCAAGAAGGAAUUCAACUUCCUGCGCAGCUUCACGGGACACACAAAUUGGCUGAGAUGUGCCCGAAUGGCUCCAUAUGAUGAUCUAAUUGGUAGCUGUGGGGAUGAUAAAAUGGUCAAAAUCUGGGACAUGGAAUCCGGGAAGUGUAUCCAUGCUUUUCUACAAAAUUCAGGUAUUCCGAGGACUCUGGCAUGGCAUCCAGACACCCACACAGUGGCUGUUGGUCUCUCAACAAGAACCGUGAAGCUUUUCGAUGUACGUUCUCAGGAAUUAAUUCAGUACUACAAGACACACGCUGAGGCGGUAAAUUCCGUUGCUUUCCAUCCAAAUGGGAAGUACAUGCUAACCGGAAGUGAUGAUGGCACAAUGAAGGUGUGUGAUCUCCUCGAGGGACGCUACAUCUACACACUAACUAGUGGCAGUGGUUCUAUCAAAGCAGUUGCAUUCUCCACGGAUGGGGAUUUCUUUGCAUCAGGAAGUUCCAAUGCUGAUCUACACGUCUGGAAGGCAAAUCUCCCGAAUGAAGAACCCCUCGAAGGGUCAUCCAUUGAAGAAGUCAAGAAGUUUUUAAAACAAGAUAGUACUGAUGAUUCCUGGUUGAGAAGAUCACCCACACCUCUCAAAAACCAAGAAUCUCUGGAUGAUAAAGAGAAUCAAGAUUCGCAGUUUGAUCGUACAUUUUAAUUUGUUUUAAAUCUUAUUCUUUUCCUAAUCUUAAUGAUAAUUUAAAAUUUAAUAAAAAUUUCCAAUUUGUGAAAAAAAA